AUGGAAUUCACCUUUGUCUAUGAAGUUCACCGCCUAAGCGGAGCGCUCCAAGCACUGGCUUCAUCAAAUUCUGCAUCCUUCGUUAUUCAGCCCACAGGUGUAAAGUGCCAUUCUAAUUCGGAAGGUGUAGACAUACCCAUUCACAAAAUUCGCACAUCUCGCAUCACCAUAGCUUCCAGUUAG